GCGCUGCUGGCCUCCCCCGACCUGGAUGUGGACAAGGGCGACAGCAAGGACAACUCCGCGCUGUGGAUCGCCGCCGAGGAGGCUCACGCGCCGAUCGUGAAAGCCCUGCUGGCGGCAGGCGCGGACCCCAACCACGUGGACGCGGACACCCAG